GGGGGUAGGUCUAAGUAAGGGGCGGGGCCCCCUCUUGGCCUGGGUCAGGCCAAAGAAGGGGCGUGGCUCUCCACUUCCACUUCCAACUGACCUAGAUUUCCCUCACUUCCUGUUUGGAGCUACUUCUGCAUCCGGAGUCAGCGGGGUUCGGGCUACUUCCUCGCUAGUUCUCCGUACGGUUUUCUCUUUCCGUCCUCACGGAGCUCGCCCCGACCUUCUCCUAACCCUGGGAGGCGGCCGGGGGUAGGAAGACUAAAGACCUUCCUCCUGCUUGGGCUCGGAGACCCCCCAACUGCUGCCCCGCGGCCGGCGCCCAUGGUGAGGGAGGCCGCUGGCCGGGGACCGCGGCUAGCUACUACUACGGACGAGGCGGCGUUGGCGGGCAUCGGGCCUCGGGUGCCUCAGCGGCGGCAGAGCAGGAGGAGCGGGGCGGCGGCGGCUCCGGUGCGGGCUCCGUCCCGGCCUGGGCGGCCCCUCGCACGCACUCCACCUCGGAUGGGCCCACCCGCCCCAUAGAUGUUGCUGCUGAGGCGGCGGCGGCGGUGGCCGGUCCAGCUGCUGCCCCCCCUGGCUUCUGUCCCGGUCCUCGCGUCUCUGCUGCCGCCUCCGCCUCCCCCUUCCCAAGGCCUCCCCCGGCGCCUCAGCAGUCUCCGCCACCGCCAUGGACAAGAUCCUGGAGGGCCUGGUGAGCUCGACACACUCGCUGACAGUCAAGAGAGUGAUCGUGCGGAAAGUGGUGGAGUCGGCCGAGAACUGGGUGGACAAGGCGCAGUGCGAGGCCAUGUUCGGCCUCACGACGAGGCUCAUCCUGGAGGGCCAAGACCCUUUCCAAAGGCAAGUGGGACACCAGGUGCUGGAGGCUUACGCCCGCUACCACCGAUCCGAGUUCGAGAGCUUCUUCAACAAGAGCUUUGUGCUGGGUCUUCUGCAGCGGGGCUAUCGCACGCUGGACAGAAAGGACGUGGCCAUCCUGGACUACAUCCACAACGGGCUGAAGCUGAUCAUGAGCUGCCCGUCAGUGCUGGACCUGUUCAGUCUGCUGCAGGUGGAGGUCCUGCGCAUGGUGUGCGAGAGGCCGGAGCCGACGCUCUGUGCACGGCUCAGCGACCUCCUGAGCGACUUUGUGCAAUGCAUCCCCAAAGGGAAGCUGUCGGUGGCCUUCUGCCAGCAGCUGGUCCGGACGAUAGGCCACUUUCAGUGCAUGUCCACCCAGGAGAAAGAGCUGAGGGAGUAUGUCUCACAAGUGACCAAAGUAAGCAACUUGCUUCAGAAUAUUUGGAAGGCUGAACCCUCCACAUUGCUGCCUUCCCUGCAAGAAGUGUUUGCAAGUAUCUCUUCCACAGAUGCUUCAUUUGAACCCUCUGUUGCCUUGGCAAGUCUUGUGCAACAUAUUCCAUUGCAGAUGAUCACAGUUCUCAUCAGGAGCCUUACCACAGAUCCAAAUGUAAAAGAUGCAAGUAUGACUCAAGCUCUGUGCAGAAUGAUUGACUGGCUGUCUUGGCCUUUGGCACAGCAUGUGGAGACAUGGGUGAUUGCACUGCUGAAAGGACUGGCAGCAGUCCAAAAGUUUACUAUUUUGAUAGAUGUUACUUUGCUCAAAAUUGAAUUGGUUUUUAAUCGACUUUGGUUUCCUCUUGUGAGACCUGGUGCUCUUGCAGUUCUUUCCCACAUGUUGCUUAGUUUUCAGCAUUCUCCAGAGGCUUUCCAUUUGAUUGUUCCACAUGUGGUUAAUUUAGUUCACUCUUUCAGAACUGAUGGCCUGCCUUCCAGUACAGCCUUCCUAGUUCAGUUGACAGAGCUGAUACAUUGUAUGAUGUAUCAUUAUUCAGGAUUUCCAGAUCUUUAUGAACCUAUUCUGGAAGCUAUCAAGGAUUUUCCUAAACCCAGUGAAGAGAAGAUUAAAUUAAUCCUCAAUCAAAGUGCCUGGACCUCUCAGUCUAAUUCCCUGGCAUCUUGUUUGUCUAGACUUUCUGGAAAAUCUGAAACUGGGAAAACUGGUCUGAUUAACCUAGGAAAUACUUGUUAUAUGAACAGUGUGAUACAGGCACUAUUUAUGGCCACAGAUUUCAGGAGGCAUGUAUUAUCUUUAAAUCUAAAUGGUUGCAAUUCAUUAAUGAAAAAAUUACAGCAUCUUUUUGCCUUUUUGGCUCAUACACAGAGGGAAGCAUAUGCCCCACGGAUUUUUUUUGAGGCAUCCAGGCCUCCCUGGUUUACUCCUAGAUCACAACAGGACUGUUCUGAAUACCUCAGGUUUCUGCUAGACAGACUCCAUGAAGAAGAGAGAACUUUGAAAGCCCUGUCUUCACUAAAGCCUUCUGAAAGUAUGGGAUCCAAUGAAGCCUCAUUACAGGAAGUAACCAACAAGGCAGCACCAUUUACAGAGAUCCCUUAUACAAAUGAGAGUGAGAAAACUUUAAUAGAAAAAAUGUUCGGGGGGAAACUACAAACUAAUAUACACUGUUUGAACUGCAGAAGUAUCUCACAGAAAGAGGAAGCCUUUACAGAUCUUUCACUUGCAUUUUGUCCUUCCUCUCCUAUGGAAAAUCUAUCUUUUCAAGGUCCACCAUGUUCUCCUAAGGUGCAGGAUGACUUUGUGGUACAGGCUAGCGUGGUAAGAGCCGAUUCUCCUGAAGAAUCAGCACUUUGUCAUCCUGUCCCUACUGGCUUUGACUCUGAGACAGUCAUGGAUGAAGCAGCUUUAGACAAUCUUCCUUCUGAACUUCACUGUACAGAAAACACUUUGGUCUCUAAUGAACCGUGCAAGAUUCAGAUUAACAGAGGAGUAUCUCAGAAACCAGGAGGUGAAACCACACCUUCAGUUACUGACUUGCUAAAUUAUUUUCUGGCACCAGAGAUCCUUAAUGGUGAUAACCGCUAUUAUUGUGAAAACUGUGCCUCUCUACAGAAUGCAGAGAAAACUAUGCAAAUCAUGGAGGAACCUGAAUACCUUAUUCUCACUCUCCUGAGAUUUUCUUAUGAUCAGAAGUGUCACAUACGACGCAAAAUCCUAGACAAUGUGUCACUGCCACUGGUUUUGGAGUUACCAGUCAAAAGAACUAAUUCCUCUCUGACUUCAUUAUCAGAAAGUUGGUCAGUAGAUGUUGAUUUCACAGAUACUGGUGAGAACCUGGCUAAAAAACUCAAGUCCUCAGAGACUGAUGAAGCAUGCUGCCCAAAACUGGUGCCCUAUCUGUUAAGCUCUGUUGUUGUUCACUCGGGCAUCUCUUCUGAAAGUGGUCAUUACUAUUCCUAUGCCAGAAAUAUCACAGGUUCUGACUCUUCCUUUCAGCUGUGCCAUCAGUCUGAAACCCUAGCUCUAGCUUCCCCCCAGGGCCAUUUGUUGGGGGGAGAAAUUCCUACUGCAGUUAUUGAACAGGAUCUGGAAAACAAUGAAAUGUCAAAAGAAUGGUUUUUAUUUAAUGACAGCAGAGUGACGUUUACCUCAUUUCAGUCAGUCCAGAAAAUUACCAGUAGGUUUCCAAAGGACACUGCUUAUGUUCUCUUAUACAAAAAACAGAAUAGUUCUAGUGGCUUCAGCGCUAAUAAUACAACUAACGGACUCUGGGUGAAUGGAGAUCCACCUCUGCAAAAGGAACUUAUGGAUGCUAUAACAAAAGAUAAUAAACUAUACUUGCAGGAACAAGAGCUGAAUGCUCGAACACGUGCACUACAGGCUGCUUCUGCUUCCUGUUCCUUUCGGCCCAAUGGAUUUGAUGACAAUGACCCUCCAGGAAGCUGUGGACCAACGGGGGGAGGGGGAGGAGGAGGAUUCAGUACAAUUGGCAGACUAGUUUUUUGAUCCUAAGAAGGAAAAGUCCAAUCCAGAAUGCACUGAUUAUAAAACAGCAUCCAAUACUUAUUAUGACUGUUAAAAUGUCAGAUUGUAUCAAACAUACCUAGUUUUAUUUUCUUUUACAUUUGAUUCCUAUGCUAAGAACCUACCCAUUACUUGUUUUUAUUUUCUUGACAGUACAUUUAUUUAUUAUAACAAAGUGCAUCAUGGAAAAAAUCUACCUCUUAAAAGUCCAUUUACUUUUAUGGUUAGACGUGCUUGACCAAAAGAAAACAUAAAACUUUCAAAGAAAAUAUAUACAUGGUCCCUAAUUAAGCUGCAUUAAAUUUAGUAGAGGCAAUUAAACUGUCCUGCUCCUAUUCAUACUGAGCAAAAGGACAAUACACUGUCCUUUUGAAAAGAAACCUGCAUUGAACCAAGAAAUGAGGAGGGUGGUGGAGAAGGUUCAAGACAUUUAAAUGUUUCAUACAUAGUUAUCCCAUCAUUAAAUUUGUACAUCCUUGAAAAUAUCAGAGAUGAUGCAAUCUAUAAUGAAGGCAAUAACUUAACAUUUGUCAUGUACUUUCAGGUUAGUGCUCUUCAGAGACAUUUUAUUUACAUUUCAAGUACAAAUAUUUAAGAAAGAACAUUUAUAGAUAUUUGCUAAAUUGAUUUCAGGAAAAAAGUGCAUGGUCCUGUAGGAGCAAAAUUUUUAACUAGAAAUUGCUAACUUUGUAGUAUUUCUAAUUGUUUAAGGAUUUUUAAAUUCUAUUUCAGGGAGUAUAUCUGCUUUGUGUUUUGAAGGAGGUGGGUUCUGUAUGUGCCUUGCAGUACUGUAAUUAAAAAUGUGAGUCUUUGGCUGCAGAAAAGUUAAAGAACAUGAAAUAUUAGAAAUUAACUUCUUUUGUGUUGAUGGUAUUAGAAUUAUAACUUUUUGAAAGAUAUUAGAUUUUCCAGAAGUAAAAUCUGGUGGUUCUAAAAAAAAAGAAAAGAAAAAAAAAGCUGUUUGGUAGUUUAUUUUAAACUCCUAAAAGAAUUCAGAAGAAAUUAUUCUAGGAAAGCAUAAUUUUUUUGAAUUGCAUUAACCAAACAAAAUCCUGAGCAUUAAACAUUGAUCCCAAAUUUUUGGAGCUGUAAAUUUGUUUUAUUUUUUGGUUCAGAUCUAAUUUCUAUGUGUUACAUAUCUUUGUAGUAAUCUUGUAAAUGGUCAUGUACCUUUACCCAUCAGAAAACUCAAACCAAUACUUGUGCUUUCUUACUCUACACAGGAUUCAAAAAUACUUCUUAAAAGUCAUCUUUUACUCUGUUCUUAUGAUUUGACUGUUUUCAUCUAUAUUUGUUUUGAAAACAGUUUAAGGAAAGAUUUGGAGAAUUGGGUUUUGUCAUUUUUUUUCUUUUGUGUUUUAUGACAGGUUAAAAAGUCCCAAGUUUCCAGGGAAAGGGCAAGAGCCCAAGAAAAUUGGUUUGGGGUAAGGACUAGAAAUGUUAUUAGCAGACUUAACCAGUGUUGAAAGACAGCGUAAUAUAAUGUAAUCAAGACUGCCUUCUGAAUCAAGGAAGUCUGGGGUGGUCAGGUCCAGGCUCUGACACAUACUUGACUGUGGCCUUAGCCAAGUCCUAUAACUUCUCAAGGGCUCCCCAGACCACUCUUAAGAUUGUGAGUUUACACAGCAUGGGCUACUAGGGUAUUAUAGGGGCUCUCACUGGGAAUUUUUCCCUACAAAGAUAAAAACGCAUCAGUUCUAUCAAAACUCUGCACUACUUUUCUUUUAGGGUGAGUUGCCUAGAGUUUUAUUAUUCAUCUUUGUUGUAGAUCUGAGCCUCUAAAGAUAACUUGAGCAAAAUUGUGCACACACCAAUCUUUGUAUUUUAUCAUGGUAAAAGAAUGAAUUGUGAGUGGAGGCUUCCUCAAAGAGAAUUAUUUCAUGGACCAGGUUUGCUAGAAAAGCAGAACAUUUGAACAGGAAAAACCAUAUACUUUAGUCUGGAAAUUGUUUUACCUAGUACAUAGUUACCACAUCGUCUGCACAGAUAUUUUUUUUUGUUCUGUUGCAGCCAACUUUAAAUCCUGCUUUCCCAAGUAAUAUUUGACAUGGAAAUAAUCCAAGAAUUUUUAUCCAGUGAGAAACUGUAUGGAAAGGGCAUUGUAAACCUUAAAGUAUUAUAUGCAUGUCAGCUAUGAUAACAGAGGCAUGGAGUGAAGAUUAAGAAGCAUUUCCCCAUCAUAAAUCCAGCUGAUGAAGAAAUUGAUUUUAAACAAAACUGUAAAUGCAUUAGUUUGGAUUUCCAGAGUAAAAUGAAUGUGAUACCUCCUGUGUUAAUGAAACCAUUCAGCAUAAAUAAUAGAACAUAAACUUAACUUUGAAAUUUUACAGGAAAAUAACAUCAGUUGCUACAAAUCCUUGUCUAGAAAAGAAUUAGAUCCAGAAGUAUUGGAAGUGUAGUUUAGUAAAUGAGGAAUUGGUUAGCAGUGGAUAACAAAAUAUAUAUUUUGGCCAAUUUGCUACUUGCUUCAGUAAUUUCUAUCUUAAGUUAUUUAUAAGCAAGGGAAUAUUGCCACAAAGAAUUGUUUCUUGUCCUCUGACCAUUGCGUUUUCUUUUCCCUUCUUCAACAGGCUUCCUUUCAGAUAGGCUUCUUAAGUAGAGUUGACCUGCUAACAAAAUUAACAUUUCUAUUUAGUUCAGCCAAAGGUAUUAGGGCAAAGAUAGAAAUCAAGGCUUUGUCUUUUUCAAAAGCAGCUCACACAGAAUGAUAAAAGCAAACUUUUUUUAAUGGCUCUCGGAAGAAAGGAAAUAGCCUUCAUACAAGGUGUGAGGGCUAGAACCUCUUCACUAAGUUGCCUAUGCUGUGCUACUUCUCAGCCCUAUAGAAGAGGACAGUAUUGUGGUAUGUUCUGCCCAGGCUUUCCCAGAAACUGUCACACUUUCCAAGCCCCAAGGUGUUAGUGGUUCAACCUGGACCUGCACUUGAGAACCUUGGCUUUUUCUUUUUUUUUUCUGUGAAGUUUAGGAUUCACUACUUGCACAAAAAUUUAAGAGCUAAAUCUGUCUUGAUUACAAAAUGAUUUUCAUUUUGUCUUUAUUUCUGUAUCUAUAUAUCUGUCAUUUUAUUUUUCUGACUAGUAUUACAUAAUAUUGGUAAGUUAUAAUAGUGAAUGUGUACUGUGAAAUUCAAUCUGAAAUGCUUUUGCAGGUUUUAACUAUUAACAGUGAAUGAAUGUGUGUAAAAGGGUACAGUAAAGGGUGCUCCUUCCACUCCAAUAAAGAAGCUUUCAGUACUGUUUUACUUUGGGAAGGUAAAAUAUCCAUCAACUAGCAGUCACCCUGUAGUGGUUUGAAAAAAAAAUAAAUACCACCUGACAAGCUUA